AUGGAGCGCAACUCCCCCCUCCCUUGGGGAUGGAAGUGUAAACGCAUGGUAGAGAUAUGGUCAGAUCCGGAAAUUCCUCCAUCAACAUUGUCGUUGCGAUCUUGUGGCACACUGAACGAAGGUGAAGAUGUUUGCACGGCGUGCAAUACAUACAUAGAAAUUGCAACAUUUGAAGUUGUUCAUCAAACGGCCCCUCCACCUCCACCUCCUCCUACACGAAAACCACAACCACCACCAGCAAUUUCAGUCCAACUCAGUCCUUCCCUGAAGAAAAAACUCGGUGUCCUACCCAAUGAACUCGCUCCUGCCUGUGGAUCGAAGCUCCGAGUCGAGUCGUCAUUUCACAUGGUCUUCCCACCCUCCCCACUCAACCACCCAUACCCUCAGAAUUCCUCAACCUCUCCCCGCCUCGCUUACAGUACCAUAACAUCAUCACCACAAAAGGAACCCAUCAAUCCUCACUCCCAAUUUCCACCACCCAAGUAA